GUUCCGAAAUUAACUUGGAGAAACCCACGAGCACCUGUCAAGCUGGGAUUGUUUUAACGCAUAUUAUGACAAUUAUUUACAGUCAGAUGGAAGUUUUGCUUUUGUGACUUGGUCAUCACACAUUUACUGUCGACUCCUGAUCCAUUACCAUGGAAACAGAUGAGAAGGAAAACCCACUCCACUCUGAACAGGGUUCCAAGCAUUUAGCAGAAAUGAAAGAAUCCAUCUCGGAGAUAGAAAGAACAAAUAACUUCAUCUUAAAGAGAUUGGAUCAGCAACAUGAUAAAAUGGACGGAGAAAAUUUACAUAUUGUAAAGCUGACAGAGGCACUGAUGCAGAGGCUGCAGGAUGUGGAGCGACGGGAAUGCGAACAGGAUGAGGAGAUGCAACAGCUAGUGAGAACUGUGGCAGAGCUCGGAGACACUGUCUCAUCUAUGUGUACCGGUAUAGACAACCUCAAGUUUACACUCACUAAAGAGGCCUCGGGCAAGGACCGACAUCGCAGACACAGGGGACGUCAUGAUACCCCAUCCCACCAUCAGGAGACAGUAAAGGAAUCUCCGGAAUUGGACACAGUGGGCCAGCCUAAAGAGGAUUCCUCAGAGUCAGGUCAGGCUUCAGGUACAAAGUUGGAUGAAGCUAUGGGGGGAACAGACCAGGUGUUAGCAAACGAGCGGUCACAGCCGUCUGAGACAACAGAGGAAGGAACAGAACAGCUUUCAGUAAUUGGACAGGGACAUAAUAAGAAUGGGUCGGAUGAGUCACAGAAGUCAGAUAUGACAGUUACAGAGACAAUAGGCGAGAAAAACACUAAUCCAAGCAGUGAAAAUGCAGAUGAGGACAGAACAGUGGACCCCACAAAUGCUUUAAAUUCAAAUGAUGAACAAAUCAAUGCAAAGGAAACAGGUAAUACUGAACAGCAUUAUCCUAAUGGAUCCGCAGUUAGUGCCCCAAAUACUGGUGCUGACCAGCAGGUGGAUGAGAGUGAAGAGAGACAGAUUGUCAAUGGUGUCAUCAGUGAUGAGAUGUGGAAUUCUGUAGUCAAAGCUGAAGCAAACAAAGCCAAGGAUAUUAGUCUUCCCUAUGGUGACGGGAUAGACACUGUGUUUGUAGUCGACAUAUCAGACAGCAUGAAGGAGAACGGCCUUCAGCAAGCCAAGGAUGCCAUUCUUGAGAUAAUAGAUUGGAUAGAGAUGGUGGCAAAAGAGGAGAAAGUGGAAGAAAAUGUUGGCGUGGUAACCUUUGGCCACAUCACACAGUGUAGGCACUAUCUGACCAAGGACUACAACUCCGUGCGACAGUGUAUUGCCGGUCUCCAGGCUGCUGGUUCGUCUCCUCUGUAUGGUGGACUUGACAUGGCUCUCGCUCUAUUUAAACAUGAAGGUGAUGCCACAACUUUAGUAUGUAACCACAAGAUUUCCCCUCGGAUUGUGUUGCUAAGCGAUGGUCAAGCCACAGACCACCACUUACUGGGAGGACAAGACGAUCAGGAAUCUCCUGUCACACCCCAGGUGAGAGACGCGGUGCUGACAUUUACGCAGGGACUAGCAGAGAGGAGGGUUCCUGUAUACUGUGUACCUAUCGGAGAUGAUACUGAUCAGAGUUUGCUGAUAGACAUUGCCAAAACCACAUCCGGCCAGGUGGUGUCAUUAGACGAAGUUUACAGGAUAGGACGACACUGCAGUAAUCUUGCCUGUGUACUGCGAGUCAGGAAGAUACUUCCUCAUGAGGGACUGGAUGCAACUGCCCUCAAGACAGUGGUCAAGAUGACAGAAAAAAACUUCUCUGAAGAUGACCUGGAGGACAUGAUGGCCAUACUGGAUAACCCUGUGUUCCAGCAGACUGUGGAUAAAGGCUUCAACUUUGAUGAGCUUACUGAGAGCGAUUCUCAGAUGCCUCCUAUUGGGUCACGAGUGCGUAAGGGGCCGGAGUGGAAGUGGAAGAAUCAGGAUCUAGAUGGAGUUGGUACAGUCAUUGGUCACGGCAAGAAUGGUUGGAUAAAGGUUGAAUGGGACUGCUCCAACAAAGGGGAAUAUCGCUAUGGUAACAAUCAGGCAUUUGAUGUAGUGUUUGUGGAAGAGCCACGGCUGCUGAAGACAGAUGAAACCAUAGCAACGGGAUGUGUUGUAUGUCGAGGGAUAGAUUGGGAGUACGAGGAUCAGGAUGGUGGGUUUGGGAAGAUCGGCACAGUUUAUCAUACAGAACCUGACGGACAAGUCUGGGUAAGAUGGCCAAAUGGUCACAGAGGAAGAUACCACUACACCCGAAAUGGCAAGCAGGAACUGGUAGUGUGUGAUCCAUUUGAGGUGCAUCAAAUACGGGCUGAACAACGUGCUUCUGUAGAAGCUGAGGAAGGGGCCGCAGGAGGGAUUAAUCUGAGGUCUAGAUCUAGCAGUAUAUCAGAAUCUUCAUCCAUCCCAGAUCUUCCCUGUGACGAUGAUCUAGCAUUCAUGUCAAUCUAUGACAUGGUUCCCGCUUCCAGGAGCCUCCAGCUGGAUGACGAGGAGGAUGAGGAAGAAGAUGAGGAUGUUGGGAGAGUUGACGAAUUGUCUCUGGUUGAAGCCAUGAACAAAAGAAAUGAAUCUGCUCAGAGUCUGCCUCCCCGUAAGAUUCAUGAAUCUGAGUUGUCUGAUCAGUCACACAUGGACAUUGUCAGUGUAGAAGACUCACCAGUGUUGCCUGUUGUUCAAAAAGACCUACCUAGUAAUGGUAUUUUCCAGGUAGACCUUCCAAAGGACGUUGGACACAGUUCAGUUGGUAAUGAUAAAAACAUUUCUGCUACAUCCUUGUCACAUCAUCAAGACCACAAAUCAGACACCAGUGGGUCUUUAACAGGAGACAGUGUAACAUUGUGUGAAGGAGAUGAAGCAACAAAUGGCAAUGGUCUCUGUGACCAAAAUACAAGUCUGAGUGUCACCCUGGAGGCGUCUGUAAAAUUUAAUGAGUCAGUCAGCAUUGGCACUCCCCUAUCACACAGUACACCAUCAGGCCUUAAAUCCUCAGGGUCCCUCAGUACACCUGAUCCUGCAGCCUCUGGGUCAAUUGGCACACCAGUCACAGGAAAGCAAGGAGGUAGUGAAUCUGUCAGCUCUGAUAGUCUUAACAUUACAAAGUCAAAAUUUAGUUUAACAGAACAGCAGAAAACAAUCUCUCACCCCACAGAAGAUUCAGAAACAGCCAAGGUUAAAACAACCUACUCUCCACCGUCCCCAGUAUCGGGUCAGUCUCCCACCGGCUCCCCUGGUAGUUCCUUCCGAGCACUGAGCCACCCAGCAGGAUCUUUCAGCAUCAGCAGCCAUUCCUCCAGCACAUCCAAUGUGGUCUCAGCAACCCAAAGUCAGAUCAGCACAAACUCAGACUUUCUAAGUGACACUUUUUCGGACACUGCAUCUUUGACGUCAGCGUCGACAUUCACAAUGACAGAUGUUGUGUGGCAAUGGGAGGAUAAAAAGAAGGCAUGGCAUAGCUUCUCCCCAGAGCAGAACCGCAAGAUAGAGAAGACACGUAAACGCAGUCCAAGGGGCACCGUAGUUCUGUCUAUCAAUGGGGAAGAUUUCAGGGUAGUGAUGUACAAAUCCAUACAGAUCCAUACAGUCAAUAGGUCAACCAACAACAUCAGGUGUAUAGAUAGUGAUGUGGCAAACCUUGGAGACGUCGAGACAUGAAGCUGAACCCUCAGUAGUUGGCUUGUCACAGGACUGCCGGUCUUCAGAAACCCAGGAUCCACACAUUUAGCAAGUUCUUCCCAUAAUUGUUAGAAACAACAGCUUUAACAAAUUUAAGUGCUUCCUACUACUGGGAAGACACCAGGCCCCGUGUUAAUACAGCCAAUUCGUACCCAAACAAACUUUCCUACAGCUCAGAAAUCUUGCUUCUAGUUCAAACUGGAAACACUCAUUGUGACGGCUACAACACUUGCUGAAAGCCAUGAAAAAUACUCGACCACAGAAUCCGAGUUCAGCAUUAGAAUGGUUUAAUGAAGACAGACUGAGCUUCAUCAAAUACAUUUCCCUUUGUUGUUGUUCUACAACAGAAAUAAGCCGAAAUACAUCAGUAAAUAUGAAAUCAUUGUGGCCUGUUUGUGUAUUAACAAGUAGUUAAAUAUAUGAUAGGUACAUUUCAGGUGGUUUGGUAAAAAUAAACUUGCUAAAUAGGAGUUUAGAGUAAAGAAUAAUUGGGCAUUUAAUUUAGUCUUACUAUGAAAAUUACUGUUGUAUAUAAGUGUAUGCAGGAAUUGAAGAAAUAUAAUUCUUGUCUGCAGCUUUUAACAUGUAGAGAUGGCAUUGACAUUAUACCUGUCUAGGAUCAGGUUUAUCUGUACAUAGCUUGAUAAGCUCCUUUUUCGCUAUUCCAGGAAUUUGGUCCUAACAGUACACAAAAGUAGAGGUAUGUGUAUUGCACGAAAACCAUUGGUAGGAAUGGGUUUGCAAUAACCAAAUCACAUGGCUUUUUACUACAGAACCACCCUGUUCAUAAUAAGAUCUAUAUACUAAGUACUGACUUUAAAACGAUAACAGCAAAGUUUUAAUGUCUUGUGUAUCUGUGGAAUUAGAAUUAUCAAAUAAUCCAUACUAUUUGUCCAUCAACUCUGCUCCCAGACGAACCAUUCACACCCCUUAGUGCAAUGAAUGAUACUGGGAAAUCCCAACACAAUCUUAAAUGGCUCUGUCGUAAAAGGGUGCUCUUUUUCAGAAAUAAUGAUAUUAACUUACCAAAACCAUUUUUCAUCGUUGAAUUGCUUAGCCCGAAAUCAUGUUGCAAUAAUUAAAACAGUUCUCAUUCUAGUUUGCUUAACAUUCAUGUAGCGUUCUAGCUGAUGUGCAUUAUAUAAAGCCAUAACCAAUAAACAGAGUUAUGGCCCUUUGAUCAUUUUUAUACCAAAUAGUAUUAAUACUGCAUACAGGUCGUUUUGGGACUAUAUGGCUUGCUUGCAAUAUUUGCCUUGUUAUUUUCUGAUAUUAAUUUGUUAGUAUCUAUGUUUGUUAUCCGAGUCAUGUGUAAGUACUUCAUUUUGUUAUCUCUCACUAUGUUAUUGUUAAGGGUAACAAAAAAGUAAAAGGAUUAAAAGUGAACUGUUGUUAGUCUUAAAAGAUUAAAAAUGUCAGGGGAUCCUCUAUAGAUGAUUUAUAUUGUAUAUCAUACAUAUAUAUUUCCACUCUUACUUGUGGAAACCUUUUGUUCCGACAAUAUAACUGCAUUUAUCUAGUAAUAAUAAGCCCAUGCCACGUAAUAGGCUUGCCAUGUCUAUUGCAGUGACAGUAAUGCCAACAUAUGUUAUUUCAUUGUUCUGUUAUAAUAAGCCAUUUGAUUUGGACAUUACUGUUACAAGUUGUAUGCAAUUAUUUCUACUUUUCAUUUGAAUUUUUAAAGUAUGAUUGUUUCUACGUAGAUGUAUAGAUGAACAUGGAUGAGAUGGAAGAUCACAAAAGAGUAUCUCAUGUGGAACACUUAUGUUGGACAUGUUUCUAACAAGAUCGUACUAAAUGACCUCUAGUUCGGGAAUCAUAUUUUACUAAAGUUGAACUAUGAAGUGCCAGAAAAAAAUUGUUCAGGCAAAAUAUAUUAGCAUACCCUAAAAUGUUGAUGGAAAGCCUUGUUCGAAAAUAUUCCGGACUUGAAAACAAAAAAGUUAGCCAGCCUUGAAAAUAUGCCUUUGAUUCUUUGCUGUCAAUGCAUAUGGUUGAUCUUGAAAAUCAGCUUUCAUUUUAUGGGGGAAAAAACCUGAACAUAUCUAUAGCUAUAAUUUGCGCACUUUUAACUUUAUUUCUGCACUAAAACUCUGCACACGUUACACCAAAUGUCAUGGUAAAUGGUACAGAAUUUUUAGCAAUGAUGCAAAUGUGGCAUGUACCAUUUAAAAAAUAAGCUAAGUAUUCCUUCAAAUAUAAGCCACAGUAAUUUCAAGAUUUUUGAGUAUCUUGUCAGGUGACGUUUGGAAAUAUAACCUUUCUUAUGUAAUUCCUGCUGUCAUUUAACUGUCGCUAUGAUCGGUGGAAGAAUAUGUACCACAGAAAUUAAGUCAGUAAUUGACAUCACCAAAAUAAACAAUUACUCAACAAGUUUGGAGGCUUUUGUAGACAGAUAAUUUUUUCAGCUUUUUCAAAAUUUCAAAUUUAUACAUUAUCUAGAAAAUCUACUUAAGCUAAUGUUGUACUUGCAAUGUCGCUUUAUAUUUAACAUGUGUAGACAUUUUAGAUAACAUUUAUCAAUGACUGAAUUUAUUUUCAUGCUUUUGACCUCCACAAUACAAAAGCAGUUUUUUCUUAACUAGGUUAUAUUUUGAAAAGUAUAAAUUUCACAAACUUGUUAAAAGUUCAAUCAAUAGUGUGCUUUAAAAGCUAAAUCUCGAAGGUGUGAGAAAGGUAGUGGCAGUUAGUCAUAAGUCAUUUUGUGACAUUUCUACUGGGCUUUCAAUAAUUGCAAUAUUUUGUCUGUUAUAUGACUAGUAUUUAAAUACAAGUAUAUUUGUUUAUCUAAUAAUGGUACAAAACUAUUUAAAGAUGAAAUAUUUUUUAGCUGUACAGUGUCUCAUGGAUGAGCAGUUGCUAUUUCUAUGUGACUAUUCCAUGCUUGAAUCUUAUAUAUAUAUAUACAAGAAAAUAAAUUUAAAACAAUAAACAAUCA